GUCCUCUCCCCUACAGACUGCCUGUCUCUGGUCAUGUCCUGUACUGUGUGCGCAGUCUCUGGUCAUCUCCUGUACUAUGUCUGCAGUCUCUGGUCGUCUCCCGUAGCACAUCCGCAGUUUCUGGUCAUUUCCUGUACUAUGUCAGCAGUCUCUGGUCAUCCCCUGCACUGUCUGCAGUCUCUGGUCAUCCCCUGCACUGUCUGCAGUCUCUGGUCAUCCCCUGCACUGUCUGCAGUCUCUGGUCAUCCCCUGCACUGUCUGCAGUCUCUGGUCAUCCCCUGCACUGUCUGCAGUCUCUGGUCAUCCCCUGCACUGUCUGCAGUCUCUGGUCAUCUGUACUGUGUCCCUGGUAUUUUCCCUGUACUGUGUCCGCAGUCUCUGGUCAUCUCCUGUACUGUGUCCGCAGUCUCUGGUCAUCUCCUGUACUGUGUCCGCAGUCUCUGGUCAUCUCCUGUACUGUGUCCGCAG